UUGGAGCCAGUGGCUUUUAUCCCCUUCCUGCCCAGGCCUGGCCGCAUCCAGAAUUCUCUGUCUCCCAGUGCCCCUGGGAGCAUGGCACAGUGCAUUCCCAUUAAUCACCUCCCAGAUCAGGCAGGGUGAGGCAGCCCCAGUACCACGUGCCACAUACCACCUGCUUUAAGCCAGCUCAUGGCUCUGCCCUGCUGGCCUAUAAUUAGAAGCAUCACUUCAGUUUCUAAACAAAGCAGCAGCCCCCACCUGGGGAAGAGAUUGUGAGCCCCAGCCCCUUGGCCUUCUUGCUCCCCAACACACAAGGUGGGGAAGGGGUUUCUUCUUGCCAGAGUCUUGAUACCCGAUUCCAUCUCCAACCCUUCCCACUACUGCCCAGCUCUAAUCUCCUCCUCAUCAAGUAUAGAUGCUAGGGUUGGAAGGGACCUCAACAUAUCAUAGUCUGGCCCUCUGCCUGGGCAGGAAAGAGUGCUAGGGUCAGAUGACCCCAGCCAGAUGCCUAUCCAACCUUCUCUUAAAGACCCCCAAGGUAGGGGAGAGCACCACCUCCCUUGGAAGCCUGUUCCAAAUUUUGACCACACUUACUGUGAAGUUUUUCCUGAUGUCUAGCCUAAAUCAGCUCUUUGUCAGUUUGUGACCAUUUUUCCUUGUUACCUUAAAAGGUGCCCUGAUGAAUAGAGCACCUCCAAUUCCUUGCUGUGCCACCCCCUAUUGAAUUUGUAGGCAGCCACAAGAUCACCUCUCAACUACAUCCUUGCAGUUGCAUCUGUAUUACAUGGUACAACUGUAUCCUUGCAGUUGUAACAUGUAAUACAGCUGCUGUCAGCUGGGUGCCCAGGGGGCACACAGCCUGCUCCUGUAGGGUCUUUGCCCCAAGGAGCUUUUAUGCUAGGAUGAUGCACCAUGGCCCGUUGAGAGGCAGGGUUGUGCAGGGCAAAAGGCACCAGCCUAGACUUGGGGGACCUGUUGUGUUCCCAGCUCUGCCACUGCCCUUGGCCAGGUCAUUGCUGCAUUCUCUGCCUCAGUUUCCCCCUCCUCCACAUUUGUUUCAAGUGCUCCAGUUGGGUUACUUCUCGCUGUGUUUAUACCGUGCCUGGCAAGGGGGGGCCUUAUCCUACAGGGCUGGGGAAUGCUGCUAGAAUAUCAAUAAUGUUGGAGUACUGGACGAUGCUUUACCAUGGAGGAUUAGCUCCCCUACUGAGGGGACUUUGGGCACUUGCUUACAUUGCUGAUGGCCUGGGCAGGCACCAAUGCUGAAUGCAUGUUGGUAAGAAACAUACAGAGCAGUCACAGACCAUCCAUUGCCUUUGCUGGGUUAGGGUUUUUUCUUCCAGCUGCAGUAAUAAAGGGUUCAUUAACCACAGCUGGAAGGUCUAGUUGUGGGAGUAGCCUGUGCUAGAUGGGGAGUGUAGGAAAGGAGGAAGAGGUAAGAAAUCUUUACAAACCACCUGUUGAGGCCCGCAACAUGGGGCCGCAUUAAAAUAGUUGCCUAAUGUCUUAAUCUUUGGUUGGCAGUUCAUAGAACACAGGGAUCUUCGGUGUGGUACACGGCCCCUAAUUCUGUGAUGCAUCGUAACGGGUGGUCUUAAAGAAUUGAAGGCUUCAGGUUGUGCUCCUGAAUCAUGCCUAUGCCUGAAACCCCUCCCCUACCACCCCCCAUACACAGCCAUCCAUCCCCUGUCUUCCUUUGUGAGCUCUGCUCUCAGUGGGAGCACAACAGCUUGGUCUGUAACCAGAGCUCCUGACUGACUCUGCUGCCCAGUUUGGAUGGGUGAUGCUUGCCUUGGGAAACAGGUGUUGUUAUUCUGGCACAUGAGUAAUCCCUGAGCCAUCAGCCUCUUAAAAAUAGAUGGCAUCUUGAGGGCGUGAAAGGGGCAGAGAAUUCUGGAUGGGGCCAGGCCUGGCCGGGAUGGGGAUAAAAGCUGCUGGCUCCCACCAGCUGAGCAGAGCAGCUCCAGGACCAUUGGAGAGAACUCAGCCCCAGCACUCUGAGCCAGCCACAGAAGCAGAGAUGCUGUGCCGCCUGCACCUCCAGCCACCUUCCCACCGCACCCUGGCUCCCUGGGUGGGCCCCAUACGCACACUGUGGCCUCAACCCAGCACUGUCUUUGCUGAGCUGGAGCGGGAGCUGCGAUGGGAGAUGGAGCGAGCCCAGGAGUUUAUGAGCAGUUUCCAGCACCUCUUGGCAGGUGGAGGGAGCAGUAGCCCCAUCAAAGAGCGAGAGCAGAGCACCAGCGUGGCGCCGCCCCAGGGAGCAGAUGGGGCCUUCACUGUGUGCCAGGAUGUCAAGGGCUUUGACCCCAAUGACCUAAUGGUGAAGCUGGUGGGCAGGAAAGUGCUGCUGACGGGCAAGAAGGAGAUGCAGAGUGAGGAUGGUAAAGGCUCCUUCUCCUACAAGUAUGAGGUGUUCAAGCGGGAGUGGGAUGUGCCCGAGGGCGUAGACCCUGACGGCCUGACCUGCUCCAUCUCCAGUGCAGGCCAGCUGCGCAUUGAAGCCCCACGCCAGGCACUGCUGGCAGCCCCGGAGAGGAACGUGCCCAUCCAGAUUGCCUCGGUGGGGAGUGCAGAAGCUGGAGCUGUGGUGGGCUCCGAGGAGGAAGCCAAUGGCAGAGCCAAGGCAUAACGGCAACUGAGAGCUGACAGAUGUUGCCCAGGCUGAGCCAGGGAGAGCAGAGUCCUGGAGCAGGAGCUGAGCUGAGACUUAUCGGAGACUGAUGCACGGCCAGUGGGGGUGGGAGGAUGCGGGAGACUAUCUAACUGCCCUUGAGAUUUGUAUUUUGUUGCUAUUUUAUAUAAAAUAAAUGGGUUUGUCUUUUCCAUGCAUUGCUGCUGCCUUUGCCAGGCUUGCUGGGUCCCAGAUUGUCCUUGUGCUCUUCUUUUUCUUUUCUUUUCCCAAGAAGGAUGAAUGGCCUCAUGGUUUUGGGAUGCGGGGCUGGGAGGCAGGGCAGCCUGAUCCAAUUCCUUAGUGUGCUAUGAACUCCCUGUGUGACUACAGACAAACUCCCACAACUGGCAGGGCUCCACUCCUGCCUGUAAAAAGCAACAAUGUCAGUGCUGUGCUGAGAAGCACUGAGUGCUGCAGGAGCUUGGGGGAAGUGAUAAAGGCAGAUGCUCUGGGAAUGCAGGGCUCUCCUGGAGCAGGCCAAAGCCCUGCCCCAUAGUCAGGCUGCAACUGCUUAUGUGGGGGGCAGGUGUUGAAGGGAAAGUUCAGUAUCCUUGGUCCUUAAGUUCAGCGGAUGCAGAUCAGAGCUCUGGGGCCUCCUGCCUGUCAUCUGGAAACAGGGCAUAUUGCUUGCCCUUACAGCUCCAGACUGAGGAGGGAGCAGAGCUUGACUUGCAGCACGGUGACAGAAGCUGCAGAGCAGUGUUUUCAAGCAGCGGGUGCAUCUGAUGGGCGCAGCACUGCACACUGUGGGGCCCUAUCUGUCACAGGUGCUGAAUGCCGCCCAUCACCUCUACCUGCUGUUGCCAAACAAACUGCUCCGGGUGCUUGGAAAGCUCUUCCCCGGGGAAAGCAGAGUGGGCCUGCACUAUAGAGCCUGCGCUGCUGAAAUCCCCUCAAGCGCCUGCUGUUCAUAAACCAGCCCCUGUCCCUGACUGGCCUAAGCUCAACCAACUUUGUCAUCUUCCUCUAAAUAGGGAGCUGUGCUGUAAAGCCAAGGAACAAUGACAGGGUAGGAAGUGGGGACCAAGCAGCACGGUGCCUUUUUAACCUUGGUGUCUCCAGAGUUGACGUUAAAAACACAUUUUCUGCCCAGUGGAUUUUUUACAACAAAAGCUCUGAAAGGACGGUGAUAACAAGGGCAGGGUGGGAGUGGGGUGUGAGGCACUGGGCCAGGGCUUCUUAAGCAAAGAGGCUUAAGAUGUGAUCUUCCACAUGGAAACUGUUGUGCAGUCACCAUUUAUUGGAACAGGAUCCUGCUGAUUGAGUCAAUGGCAGCAGAUCCUAGCCUCGGCCUCCUGCUACUUGUAAACAAAGCCAGCAAGAUAGACAGCAUGACCCAAACCUGAGUUCAUUGCCCUGUACUAUUGUCUUUCCUAUGAGCUGAGACCUAUUUAAAAACUGAGCCCAGCAGUUAUAGUAGCAGCUGAGCUGCCAAAAAAUAAUUCUCAUCAGAGAGAAGAUGCAAAUGGGAGCGUUACACAAAGCCACUGCUUAGUGCAGGGACGUAAGCCAGGAAGGUCUGCCAAGCGUCUAGGGCCCAGCUUAGCUAUCCUCUUGGCUGGGAAGUGAGGCAGCAAUUGAUGGCAGCUGCUGCCCUGGCAGGCCUGUGGGUUAUUUCUGAGCAAGAACAUCCGCUCCAGACCCAAACAAACAAAUAUUCCAAGCAGGCCCUGGAUGUGCCUGGGGACACAGUCUUGUGCAUGGGUAGAAACCGUGAGUUACUGCAGCAUUAGUUUCAAUUGUCCUGCUGUACUCAGCUGAUGCAACCAUGCAAGAUCCAGCACAGUAACAUGAAUGAACAUGCCAAUGAUGUGCGCACACACGUGCAUGCAUGAGUCCACAUUCAUUCCAGUGAGCCUGUGUGUACCAAUUACCGGUUGGGUGCCCUAAGAGUGUAACCCAAAGCAGCGCCGGACCCAGGAGACAACGGGGCCUCAGGAGAUCCUCCCCAUCAUUGCCGAAGCAAUUGGAG